AUGAUAAACGCAUCUAUAAACGUCAACCAAACAACUCCUGAAGGUUAUCUCGAAUGCACAAUCUCUUUGGAUAGAUAUCAACUGGUAUUUCACUCUGCAUUAAAUGUAACAAGUUCUAUCGUAGCCAUCUUAGGAAACAUUCUGAUUCUCGUUGCAUUUCGGAAUGUUUCAGCUCGAGCUCUUCACCCACCUUCGAAACUCCUCUUUGAGUGCCUUGCUUAUACCGAUCUUGCUGUGGGCCUUUUCCUCCAACCAGUUCGUAUUACCACUGAUAAUUCAAAUGAAAAUACCGAGACUUGUUUAUAUGGCCUUCUUGGUUCCUGGAUUCUCGGGCCCAUCUUAUGUGGAGUAUCUCUUCUUACGCUGACAAUAAUAAGUAUGGAUAGACUUCUCGCUCUUACACUUGGUCUUAGAUACAGACAGAAGGUGACUUUGAAACGAGUGCGGUUAAUCCUGGCCUUAUGUUGGCUCGUUAGCAGUGCUACUGAAUUGAUUGCCCUUCACAGUUUUAACAUAGCUCUCAUGAUGUCGCUUAUAAGCACAGUGUUGAAUAUAGCAAGCUCGACUUUCUGCUAUAUUACGAUUUUUGUAAUGCUUUUUAAUCAGCAGGCCCGAGUCCGUGAUCAUAUCCAACAUAGACAACUUAGCAAUAAUGGGAGCCAGUUGAACAAUUCGCGCUACCGGAAGACAGUGAAAAGUGCUUUGUGGGUGCAGCUGACAUUGCUUGUUUGCUUUCUUCCUUUUGGCGUGGAGAAAACGUUCUUCGUUGAAAAUGGAUUCGAGUCACCUUUUCUUACGAAAAUCGUGGGGUCUCAUGUGUGCCUGAAUUCCGCUAUAAAUCCUAUAAUCUACUCAUGGAAAGAAGCGGAGGUUAGGCAAGCACCGAUGGCGACGAUAGAACAGGUUUGUUUGGCAAUCUUACCUCACUAA